CCAAUCAGCGUCGCCGUUCUUGUGACGUAACACAGUAAUGGCGGAGACAAAGAAGCCGAGUGGAGACCUCUCUCCUCCUAAUGAGCCCGGCAAAAUGUACGGCUACACGGACUGCGUGUGCGUUUUACUGAAUCUGCUUGCAGACUUCGGGAAGGAGCUCAAAUUAGGUGAUGGAGCUGUGAGAAUCGAAGUCAACAACAGUGCUGUGAGUCUUCCAUCACCUGCAGUCGCCCAUGUGUACAGCUGUUUGCAAAAGCAUAUCAUUAAAUUACAGGCUGUUUCAGACAACUUCAAGACACUCUUAACUGCUGCUGCUGCUGCUGCUGCUGAUAGACCAUCCACAAAGGACACCACAUCAGACAACGCCAUUACCUUAUCUUCACUCAAAGAGAACACGGCCUCACUGUCUGAGCAAAAUCAUCCCAGCUCAGAGGCUGCCGACAGCAAGGUGGUGGCUGAUGACGUCAUGAUUCAGAUCAGAGCCGGAAAGUCAGAGAUUGAGCGAAGAAUAUCUGCAUUUAUGGAACGCAAGCAGAUGGAGAUCAAUGAAAACAAUGUACGCGAGUUUUGCAACGUGAUCGACUGCAAUCAGGAAAACAGCUGUGCCAGAACAGAUGCGGUUUUUACUCCUUACCCAGGUUUUAAAAGCCACGUGAAAGUUACACGUGUAGUAAACACCUAUGGGCCCCAGACUCAUGUGGGGGGAGGACAGGGAGAUGCUGGGGAGCAACCGAGGGGGCUGAGGGCAACAGAUUGCGGAAAUGCAGCUAUAGAAGAACGUCUUCACAACAUUGAAACUCACUUAAAACUUCCAACAGCUGGUCCUGUCCCAUUGAGUGUGUACCAGAGACUAAAGAAGCUAGAAGAUCGUAUUCUGGAAUUGGAAGGACUCUCACCUGAGUACUUUCAAUCCAUGAGUCACCUGCAUAAGAGACCAAAGACAUACUCAUCUCAGGCCUGCAGUCUGACAGAGCUGGAUGAGAAGAUCAGUGCAGUGAAGGCAGCGUUGCUGAAGAGGGUGAAUGAAUUUGGGCCUGGAUAUGGGACAGAGAGUCUAAUGUAACAAACACAAAUUAGUGGCCCAAACAGUAAACCAUUUACCAUUUGGUAAAUGCGUUCAACGUGCUUGUUGUUAUUUUCAUAUUGUCAGUAACAAAAACAAUACAUACACCUACAAUAUGCGAUUUCAAAACAUUUUUCAUUCUUCACUUGUUUUUUUGGACAUAGUAUAGAAAGAAUUCCUUGAAAAGAUUUGUCAUGAACUGAAAUGUCAUUUCUGUGUAAAUAAAGGUAUUUUUCUUCUGUGAAA